AUGGAUGAAGAAGAUGUAGAAAAAACAACAUUCAUCACACCCUGGGGUGUAUAUCACUAUCCAGUGAUGCCUUUUGGUCUCAAGAAUGCUGGUGCUACUUACAUAAGGGCUAUGACGACCAUCUUUCAUGAUAUGAUUCACAAUGAGAUCGAGGUUUAUGUAGAUGAUGUCAUAAUCAAGUACCGUGAGAGUUUGGAUCACUUGACUCACUUGAGGAAAUUCUUUGAUCGUCUACGUCGAUACUAUUCGAAGUUAAAUCCCACCAAAUGUGCUUUUGGAGCGAUAAAAGCACAAGCCUUAGCUAAUCAUCUUGCGGAGAAUCCAGUUAAUGAGGAGUAUGAGUCGCUCAAGACUUAUUUUCCUGACGAGGAAGUUUCAUUUGUGGGUGAAGAUAUUUAUGAAGCCUACCCUGCCGAUGCUCUUGCCACCAUCGCGUCAAUGAUUAAGCAUCUAGAUACAUUUUAUAUUGAUAUAGAGGAUAUAGAGGUAAAAGAACAACUUGUCCAUUGUUCACAUAUUAAAGCGGAACCAGAUGGUUUACCCUGUUAUUUUUACUUCAAGAAGUACUUAAAGACCGGAAUUUAUCCUAAGAAUGCGACAUUCAAUCAGAAGAAGUCGAUACGCCGUACAGCCCUCAAUUUCUUUGCAAGUGGGGAAAUCCUUUAUAGGAGGACUCUAGAUUUAGGUGUUCUCAGAUGUGUUGAUGCUAGUAAAGCUGCAAAGAUUCUGGAACAAAUACGUGCCGGAGUUUGUGAAAUGUCACAAAUGUCAAAUGCCAUGAGUUCACCUUGGCCAUUCGUAGAUUGGGGCAUGAAUGUCAUUGGUCCAAUAGAGUCGGCGCCUCUAAUGGACACAGAUUCAUUUUGGUUGCUAUUGACUACUUCACCAAGUGGGCGGAAGCAACUUCGUAUAAGUCGGUUUGGAGUACCAGAAUCCAUCAUUACUGAUAAUGGAGCGAAUAUCAACAGUCACUUGAUGAGAGAGAUAUGCGAACAAUUCAAGAUUACCCAUCGAAACUCAACCGCUUAUCGUCCCCAAAUGAAUGGAGCCGUAGAAGCUGCCAACGAGAACAUAAAUAAGAUUUUGAGGAAAAUUAUUGAUAAUCGCAGAGGUUGGCACGAGAUGUUGCCAUAUGUUUUGUUGGGUUACCGAACGAUUGUCGGAAUAUCAGUUGGAGCUACUCCAUAUUUGUUAGUAUAUGGAACAGAAGCAGUUAUACCUGUCGAAGUUGAGAUACCAUCAUUGAGAAUCAUCCAAGAAAUUGAAUUGAGUGAUGUUGAUUGGGUUCGCAAGCGGAUUGAUCAAUUAACACGGAUUGAUGAGAAGAGAAUGGUUGUUGUUUGUCAUGGACAACUGUAUCGACAGAGAAUGAUUCGUGCUUUCCACAAGAAAGAUGAGUACAAAGGGAAAUUUGUUCCAAAUUGGCAAGGGCCCUACAUGGUUCGGAAAGUGUUAUCUGGAGGUGCCUUGAUCUUGUCGGAGAUGGAUGACACCAAAUGA